AUGGCCUCCAAAAAGUCCAAGGCGGCGCCCGCCGACGACAAUCUCGACGAGCUCUUCUCGGGCAUUGGCGACGAAUCCAAGGCCAAGAAGCCAUCCAAGAAGCCGACGUCUGCUGCCGCCAAGGCCAUUGGCAACGACGAUAUCCUCGCCGACCUCGAAUCCGAGCUUGCUCCCUCGCCUGCGUCCCGCCCGCACACGCCUCGUCUCAAGGAGACCAUCGCCCGACGCUCAACGGCUACUCCUCCUGCCGGCGACGAAAAGGCAGCCGCUGCGCGCAAGUCCACCGACAGCUCCAGGAGCCUUCGAGCCAGCUUCACUCCCAGCGCCACCAGCUCCGAGCUCCAUGAAUCGGAGAGGAGGGCCGCCGAACAGGCGCAGCCUCAGCAGUCUGGAGGCGGCUGGUGGGGUGGCAUCCUGUCGACUGCGACCGGCGUCAUGAAGCAGGCCGAGGCUGCCUAUAACCAGAUCCAGCAGAACGAAGAAGCUCAGAAGUGGGCAGAACAGGUCAAGGGCCUCCGAAGCGGCAUUGAUGUCAACACACUGAGGAGCUAUGGCGACGAGAUUCGCAACCGGGCUCUACCAACUCUAUCCAACAUCAUCAACACCAUCGCACCUCCCAUCGGCUCCCACGAACGCCUUCUCAUUCACAUUACCCACGACAUGGUCGGAUACCCCUCUCUUGACCCUCUGAUCUACGAAGUCUUCUCCGACGUCAUGCAGCAGGUGGAAGGCGGUGAGCUCAAGGUUGUCCAGAGGGGUCACGAAAGUGGCGCCCCGCGACCUCACGACAACGCCGCUGGCUGGGACGAUGGCCCUUGGUGGAGACAAGUUGACCAGGCUCGCGAGCUGGGCGUGGUCAAGGGUCUUGUUGAAGGCACAAAGCUUUGCCGCGUCAAUGCAGAGUCUUAUGCGACCGAGUACUUUGCCACAAAGGGAGGCGUCGAAGCCGUCAAGACAGAGGCGAGGUCGGGUAUCAGCGAGCCUGGUUCCAUCCGGACAUCGGACUUGUUCUUGUCUGUCCAAGCCAUUGUCACUGACCACGACAAGGCUCUUUUCGGUCGAACUGCGGCGGCCGAAAAGGGGAAGGAGGCUGAGGAUGCCGAGGAGGAAAAUGAAGAAGAGUUCCGCUUCGCCAUUUUCAUUAUUGACCCGGUUCACGAAAUUGAAUACGGCACCACCAGCCAGCCUAUCCCCGCCAAGUGGGCUCGCUGGCUCGAGGCUCCCCUUCCUAUGACUCCUCAGUCCGGAGACGACGUUCCGGGAUCUCUUCAUAACCGCGUCCAUGAGGAUAUCCGAAGCAUCGUCGAAACGGGCGAGCUUGACCCCAGGGAGUGGGUGUCCGCUUGGAUAAAGGAGUCUCUUGUGCUCUCUGCUGGCAUUGUGGCCCAGUGGUAUGUUGCUAGACGCAUGCAAGUUGGUGUCAACCACGCCAGAGCGAGUGCUGAAGAGGAGGACGAUGACGAGGAAGAGGAGGAGGAAUCCGAUGAUGAUACCGAGUAA